UUGUUAUGCGCAUAACUUUGUCGAUGACUUCCUGUGGAUCCAGCUGAUGGAUUCGCUACCAUUCAGUCACCUGAACGGUGAUCUAGACUAUGAGACGUUGGCGUCAGAUGUUAUGUACGAGUUGAUCGAUGAUGUCACACUGGGGCUGUGUUUUGAAGUUCAUCGAGCCUGUAAACAUGGCACACUUUUCCUUGGCGAUACCGAUCCCAAGUCACAAAGAGAGCAUGAAUUGGUGGAUCGACCAGGUGUGGACGUAUUUGGACAUGUGCCAACAAAGAAACAAUUUGAGUGCGUGUGUCCUAACUGUCAAAGAAAUCUGGCUGCCUCCCGCUUUGCCCCCCACUUAGAGAAGUGCAUGGGGAUGGGAAGAAAUAGCUCUCGUAUUGCCAAUCGGCGCCAGGCUGCCAUGGCUAAGGAGAAUGAAUCAAGUCGGAUGUCAGUGUUGGGAGAUGAUAGUGCUGAUGAUGAUAAUGAUCUAGACUGGAGUUAUCAUGUCGACAGAAAGAUAAAAAAAUUAAAAAAGGAUAAAAGCACUCAUUCCCCACGAAGAAACAAAUUUAACAGAUUUCACAGAAAUGGGGACUCCAGUUCUGACAGAUCUGCUACACCUGAGCCUGGUCUGAACUACGAACACCUGUCCCAAGAAGAAAGGAAACAGAUUUUAUUUAAUACAUGUGGAGUGAUAUCAGAACACACAAAGAAAAUGUGUGCCAAAUCUCAGAAAUGUCACCAGCACACCGAUGAUCAGAGAUUAAAAGUCCGACAAUAUCUACUGGGCCAGUCAGUGCCAGUAGAUGAGGACACUCCUAUAGACAUAGACAGUCUGGAUGAUGUAGACAGCAGUCAAUCUCUGAGGGACAAUUUGUGGGAGGGUGGAUCUAAUGCUUCUUCUCCAGCCGAUUCUACAUCUACUAACAACAGUACUAGUUCCAAGAAACGAUUGGUAACUAAGAGUGGCAAGUCCAAGAAGAAAAAGAGUAAAUAUGGCAGUGAUGCUAGACUGAGUCCAUUUGAUUUUGACUGAUGUCCGGAAUGGUUGUGAUCCAGAUAGACUUGAGGACUGCUAUAUAGUGAUCCAGAUUGACAAGUGUCUGUGUGUUAGUGUAAUGGUGUGAGAACUGUCUACUGUAGGACUGCUGAAUAGUGAUCCAGAUUGACAAGUGUCUGUGUGUCUGUGUACUGGUGUGAGAACUGUCUACUGUAGGACUGCUAUAUAGUGAUCCAGAUUGACAAGUGUCUGUGUGUUAGUGUGAUGGUGUGAAAACUGUCUACAGUAGGACUGCUAUAUAGUGAUUCAGAUUGACAAGUGUCUGUCUGUCAGUGUAAUGGUGUGAGAACUGUCUCCUGUAGGACUGCUAUAUAGUGAUCCAGAUUGACAAAUGCCUGUGUGUCAGUGUGAUGUUGUGAGAACUGUCUACAGUAGGACUGUUAUAUAGUGAUCCAGAUUGACAAGUGUCUGUCUGUCAGUGUGAUGUUGUGAGAACUGUCUACAGUAGGACUGCUAUAUAGUGAUCCAGAUUGACAAAUGCCUGUGUGUCAGUGUGAUGUUGUGAGAACUGUCUACAGUAGGACUGCUAUAUAGUGAUCCAGAUUGAUAAGUGUCUGUAUGUCUGUGUAAUGGUGUGAGAACUGUCUACAGUAGGACUGCUAUAUAGUGAUCCAGAUUGACAAGUGUCUGUCUGUCAGUGUGUGAGAACUGUCUCAUCAGAGGCUCUUUUUACUGUUGUCUCUUACUACUGUUUUGUUACAAUAAAUCAAAUGUUUUUCUUC